CACGUGUGCUUACUAUCCCCGAAUAGGCUUGUCAUAGUGCGCGAUGCAGCAGCGCACCUGAACUGCGCGGUCCUCAGUCUACCCCUUACUCUCUUUCUCUCUCUUCCUUCUAUUUACUCUGUCACCUCGAAGGAGGCGGCUGUCAUUUCGGUCCGGACAUCCCACGAGCUGGAUAAAGGCGCACGAUGGCGGACAGUAGGGCCAAGGCAGACCAGAUCGCGUUCCGCAUGUACUCGAAGUUGUUCCAUGUUGUCCACGCAGCACGCGCAUCGGCUGAGGGACCCACUGGCUCCGGCUCCGGGUCUGGGAAGACGGACAAAUGGUUCAACCUCGAGACACCUAUCGUGUCGCCGGCGCCGGACUUUGACACCUACCGCGCACUUUCAUCCGCCUACUACGCCUAUGCCUCCACCCCCGCAUCCCCAAGCGCACAAACCCAUCAUCAAGACCCCCCAGACCUCGUGAUCGAAGUCCUCCUCGCCGUCCCGCCCCCAGGCGGGGGCACUGCACUCGUGCACGGGCCAACACAGACCCGCGUCGAACCGCAGCCCUCGCUCGUGCUGCUUGAAGAAUGGCGGUUAGGCUGCAUGCGGCGGCCCCAGCACCACGCUGCAUCAUCCUCUGCCUCGUCCACGGCUUCCUCCACUACCGCAGCUGGCGCACCGUCCUCCUCCUCCUCUUCCUCUUCGUCGUCGUCUGCGUCGGAGACCAGCAGCAUCGAGAGCAUUGAUACGGAGGACGGCGCGGAUAUGCAGCCGUCGACGAUCUACAAGAACGCGAUCCCGCUCUUCCGCGCGCUCUACGCGCUGCUGCGCGUGCUCCCCGCCUGGCGCGUCGUGCGCCGCAUGACGGGCCGCCGACCGUCGACCGCGGGACUCGGCGGGAUCGGGGGCGCCCGCCGGGGCGGGCUGAAGACUGUUGUGCGUGUGCGGGGCGAGGAGUCUGGUGGGGUGGCGAUGAGGGCGGGGAGUGAUCUGAAUCGGGGGGUGGGAGCUGGAAGUAAUCAGAGGGAGACGGUGCUGCGCUUUGGGGAAUCGCCUGCGCCGGAGUCAGGCGCGCCGCCGCUGCCGGUGGGGACACAUGUCUUUCCGGGGAUCUCACAUCCUGCUGGCACGCUCACAUUGUCGGCGACAUACUUGACCACGCCGGCAUUCACACUCGAAUCCCUUGAGGCGCUGCUUUCUUCGCGCUUUGCGGUGCUCGAUGCUCAUGUAUCACGACCAAUGCUGAGUCCAAUGCAGCCUCUACAUCCGUACACCCAACCAUAUCCGAGUCCUCAUGCGCAUACACCCACAUCUGCAUUCACACCCUCCUCUGCUGGCCCGCGUCGACCUUUGAGCCCAUCGGCGCCAUCAUCCCGCUCGCCAUCAUCACCCACUGUCCCCCAAGCGCCCUUCACGCGGACCGCUAGCGCACUCGCGCGGCGGCCAUCUGGGCCUGAGGAGCCAUCGGACGAGGACGAGGACUUCCUACCCACAUUGGCGCGACGCAACGUCACGGUCGGUGUCAGCGGCAUCAUUGGGUCUUCCACAGUCGUUCCGCCAUCGCCAGGUGGGCGGAGGAUGUCGAAUUUGGGUGGUGGGGCUGGUUCGCCGUUGGGCUCGCCUGCGCGGUAUACGGUGCCGCUGCCGCCUGUUGCUGGGCCCGGGUCUGCAUCCACUUCUACCUCUGCGUCGCCGGGGAGGUACACAUCUGUGCUGCAACAGCAUCAAAGGCAAAGAUCCGAGUCAAAUUCUAAUUCGAGCCCACACUCCCAGCAUCACAUACGGCGGGAUUCGAAUUCGUCGACGACUGCACGAGGGCUGGACGUCGAUCUGGAUCGGUUCGUGCUGUCGAAGGCGAGCGGCGCGCCGUCGUCCGUCGGGUCGGAGUCCGGCAAUGCAUAUCCUUAUGCGGGGUCCGGAUCCACGUCUGGGUCUGGAUCUGGGCUGGUGCAGGGGCAAGGGCUGGGAUCCGGAUUCUUCCCCAGCGGGCGGGCACUUGGACCUCUCCCCAGCGAGCGUGAGAAGGAGCGGGAGCGGGAAAAGGGUGUACCGAUUUACACGACUCCUGCUGCCAUAGGCAGCGGCGGUCAUUCUGCUGCGUCGGGAUCCGGCUCGGGCUCUCCCAUCCCGAUCAACCCGUUCAAGAGCGGAACACUGUCCAGGUCGUCGCUCAGCGGUUCGUUAUUGCGCGGCAGCCCCGGCCGCGGUGCGAGUCCCAUUUCCGUCGCGGUGGCAGCCACUGCGGCAGGAGGGGGCGGAGGAGUUGCAUUCCCUAUGCCAGGAUCGCCGCUCAGUGCAGUUGAGAGCGCGGGAGGUGGUCCGAAUGGGCCGAUUCCGGUGCGCAAGCGGUACUCGAGCAGCUUCACGCAUCGAUAUGGAAGUGCGGGGAGCGGGGAAAGUGGAAGCAGUGUCAAAGAGGCGCGCCGGGAUAGCUUUAAAGCGUCGCCUCCACCUUCACAAUCGCACGCAGACGAUGUAUCGUCGUUCGUCAAGGAUCUCGACUCGGCGCAGCCGCUGCUGGCCCGAUAUCGGCACGAGUCGAUGCGUGGCCUGCAGGACGACGAAGACGCGCGUGGCGCAGCGCAUGACCGGACGGCCUCCGAAUUGUCCUCCGGGUCGCGCGUAUCGACCGUGCGUGCCAGCUCCACCUCGCGACGGACAACAGUAGCAGCAGUAGGAGCGGGGGUAGGGGAUCCCGGCAGUCUGAGCCAGGCUCCGCAGCAAGCGCAGAGGAGUAUGCUGACAAGCGAAUCGGAGGUGGAUGAGCGGCUGCGGAGGAUGAAUGAUGAUUUCAUGCGGAGUUUGGAUGGGCUCGGAUCCGGCUCGGGCUCGAAUUCGAAUUCGAAUUCGGGAUCCGGUAGCUUUGGACGGCUGCCGCCGAGCGAUGUGCAGGGAUCCCAAGAGGUGAUUGGACGGCUCGAAUUUGAUUACGGGCCGUCCAGCCAGAAGGAGAGUCGUUUGCGGUGAUCUGUAUUCUCCCGCGACUCUCACGCACCCGCUCACCCGCUCGCUCGUGUCCCGCAUCCUAGAACUAUAUAUCUUUCCGGGCCGGUACUUACUGGCUUGGCUGGCGUACUUAUGAUUUCACGGCUGUCCUACAGUAUACUUAUGAUUGUCUCGAUAUGCACUCCCUCCUUCCCCCAUCAUCCAUCCCACUGUGUGUCAUUCAUCUAGCAUCUAUCUAUCUCUGUGUCCCUGUCCAUCCAUCCAGUCACAUCUCUGCCUGACGAUACAUUCAUGGGAUACAGUACGUCGGUCAGUGUCGGGCACCUGUACGCGUUGCGCAGGCUCGCUGUCAAUGUAUCUGUAUUCGGGUUUUGUCGUUGUGUAUCCAUCCGGUCUGCCUUGCGUGAACGCUAUGCACGGCUCUGAUAUACAUGCGCGUUCUCGCGGCUGAGUGAAAUAAAAAGAAUGUAGAAUACAGCACUUUCCUGCGGAUAGAUAACGAGGUCGUACUUCGAUGUGAGAACCGGUGUGGUUUCCAUGAACGCAGAG